AUGAAUUCUUUUGAUUUUGAACUUACUCGAAAAGAAGUUAUUUCUGAUUUCAAUUGCACUGGGAACAUUUAUGAAUAUCGAAAAUUCCAUACCAAGCUUAUUUUCAUAAGAAAUGAAAAAGAUUUUAACUUGUUUUCAGCAAAUUUCCUAACACUACUUGACAACAACAUUGGAAUUGCGCAUAUGACCGAACAUCUUACACUUUCAGGUUCAGAAAGAUAUCCUAUCCCAAAUUUAUUUUUUGAAUUACAAAAGAAAAGCAUAUCCAAAAACAUGGGCGCCGAGACAAACAGAGAAUUCACAUCGUAUUACUUUUGCUCACCAAUAGAACAAGACUUUAUGAACAUUUUAGAUGUUUAUCUCGAUUGUCUUUUUCAUCCUUUGUUAUCAAAAUUUGACUACAUGAGAGAGUGUCAUUGUUUUAAGUUCGAAGAUAAUGACAAAGAGAAAGAGCUCAAGCACACAGGAGUGAUAUAUAACGAGCAAUUAGGAAAAGAUAAUUUGAACAUUUUAAAAUAUUUGUAUCCAGAUUCAAAUUCAUUUUUUAAUCCUGGUGGAGAAACACAAGAAAUUCCAAAAGCAAGAUUAGAACAAAUCAGAGAAUAUCACGCUAAAUAUUACCAUCCAUCAAAUGCUUACUUCAUAGUUGUUGGAAAUAUCGACAUCAAUAAAGUUUUGGAAAAAAUUUCUCAUUCAAUCCAGAAAUUUGAAAAAAUUGACAAAAUUUUUGAUCAAAAACGUUUUAUUUCAAAAGAUUUCGAAAAAAGGAAAAGAAUAACAGUUGAUGUACAAAGAAAUAGUAAGAAUUACACAUUCAGUUUAAUGUUUCGCGGCCCUUUUGUUUCUGAUUUAAAUGCCACAGAAGAUGUGAAUGAUGUUUUGUCACUUUUGUAUCCAAAUUUACAAAAAUCUCUAUCAGAAAUAGGAGCUCAAUGCUCAGUUUAUCUAAAUGAUGAUAGUUAUCAAACAACAAUAUUUAUAAAUGUAAAAGUUCAUGAUAAAAGAAAUAAAGAAGCAGCUGAAAAGAUGAUAUAUGAUGAAUUUGAAAAGUUCUAUCAAAAUGGGUUUGACAAAAAUUAUUUUGAAAGAUUGUUAGAAAAAUUAAGAAGUUUUGACAAAACUAUUAAGAGAGACACUAUUGAAGAAAUUAUAUUACCUUGGAUUCAUGGUGCUGAUCCAUUUGAUUUUUUCAAAAUUACUGAAUUUAUCGAAAAAAGUAAAGCAAAAAUGAUGCAAGAAAAAUACUAUGGAAACAUUGUUAAAAAAUAUUUAAUUGAUAACAAAAACGUUGUUUAUCUUGAGUACAAUAUUGUUGACGAUCUUAAUGAAAAAGAAAAUGAAUUAAUUAAAACAGAACUCAAAAAUAUGAAAAGCAAAAUGACAGAUGAUAUGAAAAACAAAAUUGUUGAAGAUGGAAUAUUUUAUGAGAAUGAAUUAAAGAAAGAAAAGCAUUUGGAACUAUUACCAUCUCUUUCUGCAGUUGAAUUUUCUAGUGAUAUUAACUUUGUUUCUCCUUCUUAUCAAGCAGAAUCAAUUAAGAUAUUUUCAAAUGAAACAAAUGGUAAAACAAUAGUACAGAUUUUGUUGCAAAUACCCGAUGAUAUGGAGAAUCUUCAUUAUUUAACUUUUAUUCCUUCCAUUUUCCAGUUUUUAGAAUGCGGAAAUCUUAAACCAGGUGAACAAGAGAAGUUAAUUAAAAACAGAUUAGAAGGAUUACAAAUCAACAAUGACUUCCUUUAUGAUUUCAAAGAUAACAAAUAUCAUCAUUAUUUAACUUUUUGUUCAAAGUUUUUGUAUCAAAACUCAUCAGAUUUUGUUAAUUUAUUGGAUAGUAUGAUCAACCAAAUUCAUUAUGAGAGAACAGAAGAAAUUGAAGGAUUUUAUGAAAUGAUGAAAGAAAACUUGGAAAGGAUAGGACAUAAUUUAGAAAGAACUAAUGCAAAGAAUGAUGUUUUAUCAAAAAUUGAUGAAGAUUAUCAAUUAUUCUUCAAAGGAAGUUUCUCGAAAUAUAGUUUAUCUAAGUUGAAAGAAUUGUUUAAUGGAGAUAUUUCAAAGUUUUUAGCUGAAUUUCAAACUGUUUUUCAUCAAUUUAUCUCGAAUUCUAAGUUAAGAAUUCUUAUUAGUUGUGAAGAAAUGUUUGUUGAACAAUCAAUAUCGAUUUCCAAUCAUAUAAUUGAAGUCUUCAAGAAAAUGCCAAAAACUGAAUAUAAGGUCACUAAAAAUUCAACAAAAAUUGAUAUGAAGGAAUAUGAUUUUAUUUCAAAAACGAAUGAAAGAACUAGUAACACUUAUUUAUUUAUUACACUUCCAAAUAGAGACGUAAUCACAAACUUAAAAUCAAAGAUUUUAGUUUUAAUUGCAGAAGGUGAAUGCAUCUUCGAAAGUGUUAGAGCAAAAUAUGGAUGUUAUACAACAGGAAUUCUCAAGACAAAUUAUCCAGUUUUAUGUUUCAUUACUAUGAAAGGAAUGAAUCCUUUCCAAGAGAUCCAAGAAAUGAAAAAUAUCCUUUCAAAAUCCAAGCUUUUUAUUACAGAAGAUUCCUUAAACAAUGCAAAGAUAAACAUUCUUCUUGAUAUGAAAUCAAAAGAACAAAAAUCUGCAUUAACAGGUUUAAGUAAUGCAGUAGAAAAUAUUGACGAAGAAUCGUUUAAAGAGAUUAUUAACAUUUAUAGUCAUAUAACUCUCAAAGAAAUGAUUGAUUUUUGUAAUAUCUUGAACCAACAACAAUUUUAUUCCUUAGUCGAAACAAAUGAUACCAAUCUUGUUAUCUAA